AUGUCGGGCCGUAAACCCUCCUUCAACCAGCAGGUGCUGUACGACACCACCGCGCUGCCCGAGUCGAUCCCCAAGGUGCAGGAGAUUGGCGCCAGCUCGGCGCCGUUGCUGUCUGCCUCCUUCUUCAUCGGCGCCCGCUGCCGGCCGUACAACGACGACUACAUGCAAUGCAAGAACGACAACCCGGGCAAGGGCGAGUUCGAGUGCCUGAAGGAGGGCCGGCGGGUGACGCGGUGCGCGCGGAGCGUGCUCGAUGACAUCAACAAGAACUGCCUCGAGUCGUUCCGCCAGCACUGGCAGUGCCUCGAGAACAACAACCAGCAGCUGUGGCAGUGCAGACCAGAGGAGUGGACGCUCAACAAGUGCGUCUUUGAGAAGCUGAACCUCGAAAAGACCAUCCCAGACGCCGCGAAGGGCACGCCCAUCCAUCUCCGCAAAACCCAAAUCUACGCACACUACAACCGGCCUGGCGAGGUGUUUGUGCCACCGAAGAGCGCGGCCGCACCGGCCGCGGCUGCGGCGCCGUCGUCGUGA